AUCACGGUAAGGCCUCCCUAUACACUACUGUUCUCCUCUAUUUCCUCUCUUCAUGCCUUUGUUCUGAUUUUCUCCCUAGAUGCCUUCCACGACAGGUUCACUUUCCGGUAACUUGAACAACUUCACUGGCCAUUGGAAUGUGGAAGGCUACGAAGCUGAAUUCCGUGGUGUUUUCAGCCAAAAUGUCGAACACUGGCAGUCCAGCGCUAUACUCGAAUAUGACAAUGUCGAAGACCUUGCUGGCACCUUCAGUGUCGGCGCCGAGGGGUUACCGUCAUACAUCGGCAACGUUGAUACUAGCCUGACAUUGACCAAUCAGGCUGGCAAGCAAAUCAAGAUCACUGGCCCACUCUUGUCUCCCAUCCCUCAGAGGACCACCAUCGCCGGCCACGGAGUCUGGUCCAUCAGAAUGUAGAUGGAGACCCUUUGGCCCUGGGACAAUUGCUUCAAUAUAUUAAGCAGGUAGAUGGGAUAGGUGGAUGAAGAUGGCGGAGGAGGAUAGGGGAUUGCAAUUCUUAGUCUCGUCUGUUGGAUUACAGGGUCUCAACUGGAAUGUCGUCUGUCUAUCUCUAUGCUGUUAGCGUAUAACUAUCUCUUGCUCCCUCCAAGCUGCAAUAAUCUCUAGAGAUAGAGGAUGCCAAGUUUGGUAAAAUAGGUGUCGCUUAUAGAGUAGAGUAAACAUGAAGCGAACACAUUAGACUUGUGAAACAUGACCUCUAGACUAUCAAAAGUUCUCUCUUGAUCUUU